AGUAGGAGUCCAACACCUGGCACACUUGGGCAACCCCUACACUUGGUGGACAGGAUCUGAUCCCGUGAUCUGUUACUUCUUUUCUAUUCUCCUAAGCAGUCGGAGCAAGAAUCGCAGCCAUGGCAGCCAAGAACUGUCACAACGACUACAAGAUGAAGUUCUCCGUGGACGAGGAGUUUCCUGACCUGUCCCUGCACAACAACCACAUGGCCAAGGUGCUGACCAAGGACAUCUACAACAAGCUGAGAGGCAAGUCCACUCCCAGCGGCUUCACAGUGGAUGACAUCAUCCAGACCGGUGUGGACAACCCUGGCCACCCCUUCAUCAUGACCGUGGGCUGCGUCGCCGGUGACGAGGAGUCCUACGAGGUCUUCAAGGACCUGCUGGACCCCAUCAUCUCCGACCGUCAUAGCGGGUACAAGGCUACCGACAAGCACAAGACCGACCUGAACUUCGAGAACCUGAAGGCAAGUUCUUCGCUGCGGCGACACGUUGCCUCAAGAGUGACCUUGCUCUUCGGGCAGGGAGGAGACGACCUGGAUCCCAACUACGUGCUGUCCACCCGUGUGCGUACCGGCCGCAGCCUCAAGGGAUUUACCCUGCCCCCGCACUGUAGCCGCGGCGAGCGCAGAGGAAUCGAGAAGCUGUCCAUUGAGGCCCUGGCCAGUCUGGAGGGUGAGUUCAAGGGCAAGUACUACCCCCUGGACGGCAUGACCGACGCCGAGCAGGAUCAGCUGAUCAACGAUCACUUCCUGUUUGACAAGCCCGUGUCCCCGCUGCUGACCUGUGCGGGUAUGGCCCGCGACUGGCCCGACGCCAGGGGCAUCUGGCACAACGACAACAAAACCUUCCUGGUGUGGGUGAACGAAGAGGACCACCUGCGAGUCAUAUCCAUGCAGAAGGGAGGAAACAUGAAGGAGGUCUUCAGGCGCUUCUGCGUCGGCCUGCAGAAGAUUGAGGCGAUCUUCAAGAAGCACAACCACGGCUUCAGCUGGAACGAGCAUCUGGGCUACAUCCUCACCUGCCCGUCCAACCUGGGCACCGGCCUGCGCGGCGGCGUGCACGUCAAGCUGCCUAAGCUCAGCACGCACGCCAAGUUCGAGGAGAUCCUGACCAGACUGCGCCUGCAGAAGCGUGGCACAGGCGGUGUGGACACGGCCUCCGUGGGUGGCGUGUUCGACAUCUCCAACGCCGACCGCCUGGGCUCCUCCGAGGUGGAUCAGGUCCAGAUGGUGGUGGAUGGCGUCAAGCUGAUGGUGGAGAUGGAGAAGAAGCUGGAGAAGGGAGAGUCCAUCGACGGUAUGAUCCCCGCCCAGAAGUAAAGCGGCAGACGACACUGACUGUUGGUUUUUUUU